AUGACGGAGAAACCUUUACCUUUCAUCUACCAGUUUGGCGCCGGCGCCAUUGCUGGUGUCUCAGAGGUGUGUUCGCGCGGUUCUAGUGGCAUGCUUGCUCUCGUUGUGCGCAAUGUGCUGACCUAUCUGCGCCCGCUAGAUUCUGUUGAUGUAACUACCCUCGAUCAUGGCGAUCAUGGCACCUCGCGACUGUUGUCCCAAGCUCACCGGCCACCCCACCUGCAUAGACAACUGCAAGGCAAAGCGCCCGUUGCAGGUCAAGAUUAUUACACUGGCAUGCUAGAUUGUUUCAAAAAGAUCGUUAAGAAUGAAGGAGCGUCACGCCUGUACCGAGGUAUCGGCGCACCGAUCAUGAUGGAAGCACCGAAGCGAGCAACCAAAUUCGCAGCCAAUGACUCCUGGGGCAUUUUCUACCGGCGGUUAUUCAACGUCGACAAGCCUACACAGCCUCUCGCCAUCCUCACCGGUGCCACCGCUGGUGCCACCGAGUCCUUCGUCGUCGUCCCCUUCGAACUCGUCAAGAUUCGUCUGCAGGAUCGAGCUUCCGCAGGCAAAUACUCCGGAAUCGCCGACUGUGUUGUCAAGACGGUCAAGAACGAAGGCCCCCUCGCUUUAUACAACGGCCUUGAAUCCACACUGUGGAGACACAUCCUCUGGAAUGCCGGAUACUUUGGUUGUAUUUUCCAGGUCAAGGAGCUGCUGCCCAAGGUGGACAAGAAGAAAGAAGCAUCAAAAGCCAUGCUGAUAGACUUCGCCUCUGGCGCUAUCGGUGGCACAGUCGGUACCAUUCUCAACACUCCCAUGGAUGUCGUCAAGAGUAGAAUACAGAACACUACGAAAAUCGCUGGCCAAGUACCCAAAUAUAACUGGGCCUGGCCCGGUCUAGGCACGAUCAUGAAGGAGGAGGGUUUCAGUGCACUUUACAAGGGAUUCCUGCCUAAAGUCCUCAGACUGGGCCCUGGUGGCGGUGUCCUUCUCGUGGUCUACACCGGUGUCAUGGAUUGGUUCAGGAAAAUGGGCGCGAGGCCCGUCGAAUAA